CCCAGACCAGCUCAAGCGGGCAACAAUAGACAGACACAGUAGCAGACCCAGCUGAAGAAAAAUGUGAGGAACAACACAGGUAUAUAACCGAACGGCCACAUCGCAGAAGCGCCAGAGAGAGGCCAACCAGCGAGCAGGAUGGCAGGAAGGGUGGCAGGGCGGCUCCAGCGGCCCAAGGCCAAGAGCUUCUGGACCCUGGUGCGGUGCCUCCUCCUCUGCAGGAGCCGCAGGCCGCCGGCGGCGGGAGGCGCGGCGGAGGACCGGAGCGAGGAGAAGAGCGGCCUCCUCAGCAGGAGCUCCCUGGAGCAGCUUCUGGUCACGGAUGCCGGCCGCGCUGCCGGGGACGGAGACGUUUGCGCCAAGAAGCACGGCCAGCCGGUGGCGGCGCUGGCACGGCCGGUGUCGUCGGCGGCUGCGGCGGCGGCAGCCGGAGGCCGUGACGGCGCGGGCGCGCACCGGCGGUUCGCGUUCGGCGGGUUCCGGCGGCGGCUGCUCAUGAGGCGGCCGUGGCGGCCGGUGCUCGUCGCCAUCCCGGAGUGACCAUCGAUCAAGUGCUUCUCGGAUCAACGACCUGCGGCGGCGGACUCCGAUCCACGCGUUCCACUCUUCUCAGAUGCGCUUGUGCAGUUGUGCCUGUAACGACUUUGCGUGAUGCUUUGGUUCAUCUUUGUUCGUUCCAACCUCUCCUGCGAUCUGCGAACUGUCUGGUUUUCUUCUUUCGAAUGUAAUGCAACUUGUACAUGAACUCGAACGAGAUAUUUGGUUCGGAAAAAAUUAUUUAGGCUCUA